UCGACGGUUGGUUGCAUGGCCCCCAAGCCAGCCUUGUCUGUCUGUACUCGGCUUGAUAAUAUGCCUCAAAAGAGACGACGCCGCAACUGUGGUAACAUCUGGGUACCCACAAGCGAGGAUCAGCAUUGCUUUUCUAUUUCUUACACUCUUUGUGUGCAAGUCUAAAAGACCCGUCCCAUAGCUUUCAAAAUAGACGACGGGCGGAGUCCGAUCUAGAUAUAUGACAUAGCAACCUUAGAAUAUAUAUAUUUCUUAGAUUCACCUAACCAAUCCACGAUGGGUUUCAACUCCACAAAUAUCCCACCAGAAGUUUUAGCUGCGCUACCCGCCGAGUUGCAAGCGCAGGCGCCUUUGUAUGACCAAACGGCACAACCCAAGAUUUACGCAACAUUGGCAGUGUGCACGGUCAUUGCCUAUGUUGCGCUGGGACUGCGGCUCUACGCCAGACGGAUCACGAAGCAGGCAUUUGGAUUAGACGACGUUUUCACGAGUUUGGCGGUGGUCUUCACAACCAUUAGUGUCGGCUUGUUGGCCUAUCUGGCGAGUCUAGGAAUGGGCCGGCAUGAAAUCGUCAUAGUUCUCGAGCAUAUAGAAGACUUUGACGUUCUGAAUAAGACGCUCAUUGCUUCAAGUGCCAUGUACCUCCCGGUUAUUUUCUGCAUUAAGGCCUCCGCGAUCUUCCUGUAUCGCCGCGUCUUUCCAAACAGACGCUUCCAUAUUGUCUGCUACAUCAUACUGACCUUCACUGCCCUCUAUGCCCUCACUGCCAUCCUAGUGCUCACUAUCUCCUGCCUACCGGCACUUCCACCAACGGCCGAAGAGCCUGUGGCCCAGCUCAAGUGUGCCGACAACUACCUCAUCAACACCCUGCUAGUAAUCCUCAUUACAAAUGUUGUCUUAGACGCCAUUAUCCUGUGCCUUCCGCUUCCACUUAUCUGGCAACUGCAAACGACCCUGCGAAAGAAGUUGCAACUCACCCUAGUCUUCACCCUCGGUUCAUUUAUCUUUAUCAUCUCAAUAAUUCGUGUCGUUGCGGUCAAGAGGCUGAAUCCACUCGACGACAAUUGGGACUCAACAGAUGUGGAGCUUUGGUCAAUUGCCGAGUCGGCUGUGGCCAUCAUCACAGUCUCCCUUCCUGUAAUGCAGCCCGUCUUGCGUCAAGUCGUCUACCGAAAAGACGGAAGCUCCCGCAUAACCUUAGCUCCAAACACCAACAGCCAUAUCAAAAUUCCGAACGGCAGCAGCAACAACAGGCCUAUUGCACUUUUGACGUUUGGGCGGAGUGGGAUGAAGGGUCCCAGUGGUCGUAGGCCGCAAGAGUUAGACGUAACUACCACGGCGACGAUCACCGUUGUGGACACUAAUUUUGAUGCUAGUGCAACGAGAUUGGUGGCGGAGGACUACGGCAGUAGCAACAGGGCACAUAUAAAGCCUUGGGAAGACCACCGGAAAAGUAACACUCAACCUUAGGUAUUCGGAUAGCUGCUUAUGCCUAUGAGGCCAUAUUGAUGGCGGCGUUCAAAACAUCUGCUUCUCUUAUCACCUACAUCGCCGUGGCCGGUGUAACUAACUUAAGAGAAGUAUAUGGCUGACGGUCACGACUUAGGUAUAUCGGUGGGCGAGCACAGAAUUUAACUAUGUAUUUACCCAUAUUGGCUUUCUUUAAGUCUACCCGCUUCGCGUUAUCGUGCUACAUGCGGACGAAGAACAGAAACGACUAUUUCAGCAAUGAUGCUUUAUAUAUAUAGAAACUCUCAACACCGAUAGAUCCUCCCGGUCAAAAAUUCAUCAUAAAACCGAAGUACCUAGAGAUAGCUUAGGCGUUUUUCGAUACAGUGGAGCUCCAUUGGAACCUAGGUAUUAACAUGCGCCAAUCACUCCAAGCAUUAUCCCCCGGCGGUGUAUGUCCUGUCACUUCAUUCAGUACAGGGCUAGGCCUCUGGCUAAAACUUAUAGACUAGCUACACUACGAAUAAAGACAUCUAUUAGAAAUCAGAUUCCCCAGGCAUUCCCUUCGACUUUUCAAAUCCUACUAUAGGCAUCUCAGCUUUCUAUCCUUGUUAUAUUCCAAUGAGCA